AUGGCGGUGGCUAAUGAAAUUCUUGUGCAAAAGCACCUAAAUAUAGGAGUAAAUGAAACUACUGUGGAAAAAAAAUUUACACAGUCUGUCGAACGACGACAUUCUCCUCCAACAAAUGUUAUUGAGCCACUAAUUAAUGACAGUCCUAAAGGAUUAAAUGGUCGAAGUUUCAAUACACCUAUUACUCAAAAUCCUACGAAACGAAGGCCAACUAGCACUAGUGCAUUGGCUGAUGAUUCAAAUAAUAAACCACCACAUCGAUCUGCGACAACCGUAGGGAAACCCAAAAGGUCUUUACCAAUCAUUUCAGCUGAAAAUGAAUCUCAUGAAGAUACUUUGGAACGAAAUCGUAAGAGUAGUGGUAUGCUUAGGCGUCGUAACACUUAUAGCUCUGAAAUUCAGAGUGAAGACAUUAUGUUAGACAAAGAAACUCAAAAAUGGGCUGAAAAUGUAAAAAGACGAUUAUCAAAAAGAAAAACUCGUGAAAAGGGCAAAGGUGACGAUGAAGAAGGUCCAAUGAUCGGAACAAGAAUAGGUGAAGGCCAUGUCAAUUAUGUAUUAAUGUACAACAUGCUAACAGGAAUAAGAGUUGGUGUGUCACGUUGUAAUGCUAAAAUUGAGAGAGAAUUAACUGACGCGGAUUUCAAAGCUGCUCAUAAAUUAGCUUUCGAUAUAACGGGUAACGAGCUUACUCCAUCAGCCAAAUAUGAUUUCAAAUUUAAAGAUUACGCUCCCUGGGUCUUUCGUCGUCUUCGUGAAUUUUUUCAUAUUGAUGCUGCUGAUUAUUUA